AUGCUUUUCAGACUCAACCAAGUUCUCGGGAGGGAAUUCUUUUGUAAAAAGGGCACAGCACGAUGCACGCAGGUUUGUUGCUUCCGCAUGUCUCCUCUCCACGAGAGGCGUGCCAAUCGACUCGACAUUCAUCUACAGCUUUGCGAUAUGCUCCCCCUCAAAGGGCGAGAAAGAGGGAGAGAGAGCCUUCAGGCUCAAGGCCAUUUGGGUGGUUACAAAAAAAAGACAGGUUUUAAGCAGAAUCACCCACUUGGUUGUACUUCCGUUCUCUUUGGUGCAUUCCUCGUUGAUCGCAUGAUAGGCCUUUUGGUAUGCCUUGUUCAGCUCGAGGCAUUCGUUGAGUCGUCCCAUCACAAGCUCCGUGUCCUGGUUCCAGACAGUGUUGAAUCCUCCAUUCGUGAUGUAGGCCUUGCAGCUGGUGAUCAUUUGUGGGGCACACUGACGCUCGACUGCCUGCAGAAAUUUCGCGUUCUCCUUGGCCUCGUUGUAGGCCGCCGUCACGCGUUUGUCCAGCUCCAACCAGUCACAAUUGCAGUGAUCCGGUUUCGGUUUGGUUCAUGUGCCGACCCAGCUUGUAGACGGGGAUUGACCGGGCCUGAUUUCUCAAUACCUGGCCACUUUGUUCACUUGCUUUUACCCUCAAAAAUGCAUCGCUUUCUCGACUUGGCCGCAGCCUCUCUUCUCGCAAAGCGUCCUUCAGGAAACAAACGCAAUCCGAGUCCGCCUCCUCAGCGUCCCGACAAGACUGUACCACACACUCGGCCACAGUGCCCCUUUCGGGGAGCCGCUAUUGGCUCCGGACAUGGCCGAGCACCCCUCGAAAGCAAUACUUGCCGGCGGUCGCUUUUGCUUUCCUUCUUCAUCAAUCAGGUUUAUGCAUGCCUCCGCAACUAA